UUUCCUCCGUGCUGUUCGAGUCCAGGAUCGGCUGCCUCGAUCCAGUGGUUCCUGUGGAGACGGAGCGUUUCAUCCAGUCCAUCAACAGCAUGUUUGUACUGACCCUUCUCACUAUGGCAAUGCCUCAAUGGCUCCACCGGCUCCUUCCCAAACCCUGGGACACCUUCUGCCGCUGCUGGGACUACAUGUUCCAGUUUGCAAAAGGACACAUCGAACAGCGUCUUCAGGAGGAAAAGCAGAAGCUGGCGCGAGGAGAGCAGUUAGAGGGACGCUACCUAACGUACUAUCUGUCUCAGGCCGGCAUGCCGCUGAAAUCUGUGUACAGCAAUGUGACCGAGCUGCUUCUCGCUGGCGUCGACACGAUCUCCAGCACGCUGUCGUGGUCGCUGUACGAGCUCUCUCGGCAUCCGGACAUCCAGAACGCCCUGCGGGACGAGGUUCAGAGCGUGAUGAAGGGCCGUACUGUCCCAGACGCAUCCGAUGUUGCUGCUAUGCCUCUCAUGAAGGCCGUGAUGAAGGAAAUCCUCAGGCUCUAUCCUGUAAUUCCCGCCAAUGCUAGAGUCAUCACAGACAAAGAUAUUAAAGUUGGAGGAUAUCUCAUCCCUAGAAAUACUCUGAUCACUCUCUGCCACUAUGCCACGUCCCGUGACCCUAAACACUUCCGUGAUCCGGACGCCUUCGUCCCGCAGCGCUGGUUGAGCCGCUCCGAGGGCAGCCAUCCUUACGCCUCUGUUCCUUUUGGCGUGGGCAAACGCAGCUGCAUCGGUCGACGCAUCGCUGAACUGGAGGUCUACCUGGCGCUUUCUAGGAUUUUAAUCCACUUCAAUGUGGAGCCAGGCAAAGAGGGCGACACAGUCCAUCCAAUGACCAGAACUCUUCUGGUUCCAGACAGACAGAUCAACCUUCGCUUCAUUGAGCGCUGAUCUAGAGGUCAGAGGUGACCAGGACAUGGUGUAACAGAACUGGCCCUCUCUGAUGUGGAGAUCCAGAGAGAGAGGAGGACGCUGGGACGUCCAGCGGCAUGAAGGGAAGGAGGCCUGAGGCCGAACUGACAAUGUAACUCCCUUUUGCAGCUUUGUGCGGAUCUGUGUGGACACCAACUCAAAGACUAUGGCAAGAAAUUGAAGUGUGACCUCUAAUGCAUUAUCCAUGCAAACAUGAAUGUAAGAAAAGCUAAAGAUGUCCAUUGUUGGAUAAAGUUGCACAGAAAGUAACUGUUAGUGUCUUCAGGACUCAUGAGGAGCUACUUCAUUUUAAAACGGAAAAACACAGGAAUCUGCUUGUCAAUAUAUUCAUGGCUGUUCAUUUAUAGACGCUUUUAUGCAAAAACGAGGAGGGAAUCCAUGGAGAGGAGCAGCUUAUGGUCAUGAUGUACUGAAAAUGAAGAUUUUGUGCUAAUAUGUUGUUUUUGUCAGUUUCUUAAACGUAGCCUUAAGGACUAUUGUGUUUCAGUCUAUUGUGAUGCAAUGAAAGAUGUCGGCGUUCGACGCCACAGUAUGGUGCUUUUAUAACUCCAUAAAGAUGCUUUUUUACACAUUUUUUUUUGUUAACUGUGAAAUGCUGAACUGGCAUAAGAUCAAAAUGUCAAAAUAUCAGCCAUUCAUACAUAUUCUGGAAUAAUAUUAGACUCUGAAUAAUUGCUGAUAAAUCAUCUGCAGUACAAUUAAUAAAUCACACCAUAUUUGUUUAUUAAAUAGAUCACACUUUA